AUGAGAAAAGGUUUAUAGUUGUUAGGAUCAGCUUUUAAGAAUAAUUCUAUUUUUAGAAGAAACAAUAAGCUUAUUUCAGGACUUUCAAAUAUAUCUAUUAAUCAAUUGCCUAAAUUCUAAUUUAGCCAAGGAGAUGGCAAAUACUCUGAAGAAACUAUGGCUAAAUUGAAGCAAUAAGCUUAACAAUUUUACGAAACUGAAGUUAAAAGUAAAGAUACUCCAAUUUACGAUUUGCAAAAACAAGAUGAAUGGCAAAAUGUUGUUUUGGAUUCACCUAUUCCAGUUGUUUUAGAUUGCUAUGCAGAUUGGUGCUAACCUUGCUAAAAAUUAACUCCUAUCCUUGAGUAACAAGCAGCAAAAUCCUAAGGAAAAUGGAAAUUAGUUAAGCUAAAUAUCGAUAAAUUCCCCCAAUUAGCAACUGCUUUACAAAUUUAAUCAAUUCCAACUGUUUAUUUGAUUUCAAAUAAAAAUGCUAUUGAUGGAUUUGUUGGCGGUAUAGAUGAGGCAGAAUUAAAUGCCUUCUUUGAAACUGUUAAAUAAGUAGCUGGACUUACACCCUAAGAAGAUGACGUAAAAGAUAAGUUAGCUUUGGCUUCUACUUUCAUAGAAAAUGACACCAAAUUAAAUGAGGCUAAGGCUAUUAUUCAAUCUCUCCUUGACAAUGAAAUUUAUAAAAAUAAAUACGGUGGUAGACUUAUUAGCUAGUUAAGUGUAAUCGCUGCAAAAGAAGGAAACAAGCAAGAUGCUUUGAAAUAUUUAAAUGAAAUUCGUACCAAAUAUUCUGAAGAAGCCAAGGAUGAAGAAAUUUAGUUGUUAAUGAAGAAAGCUGAAGAUAUUUUAGAAGCUUUAAAAAAGAAAUUAUCAGAUGACCCAGAAAUAGAUAGAUUGAAAGAAUUAAUUGAAAAAAAUCCUAAAAACCCUCAACUUAUUUUCAACUUAGCUGAGUAUUAAGUUAAGAAAAAUCUUCACGAAGACGCUAUUGAAAAUCUAUUCUUGAUCAUUUAAAUUGAUAGAAAUUGGGAAAAUAAAAAGGCCAAUAAGUUGCUAAUAGAUAUAUUUUCUUAACUCGGAGCUGCCCACACUUUAACAAUCUAAGGAAGAAAGAAACUUCAAAAGCUUCUUUACUGA